CCACACCCAUCACGUAACCUUCCCCAGAUGAAAGAUACCCAGCUGUAUCUUCACCUUACCAUAUCUUGCCCGACAACCACAACUGCACUAUGUCCGCUCCAACGAAAAAGUCCUCAUCAUGGCACCCACUCCUUCUGACGACCAGUAUCCGCUCCGCGCCCUCACUUCUCGUCAAGACCAGCUUCACGAGCAGCUCAUACACCGUACACAUCACCGACCUCGUCCAAGUCUGGAGCGAGGGUCUCGAUCGCAGCGGGAUCCUCUCGCGCGCGGCGAAGGCCUCGACCACCAUCGACCCCGCAGAGGAUGCGUCGCAGCUGUCGCUGCUGCUCGAGAAGAUCGAGGGCGGGCUAGGCGGUGGCAGCGACCAAUCGGAGUUGGUUUUGUCGUGUAUACCCCGACGAGGCGGCAGCGAUGGUGAUGGUGUUGGGGAUCUGAAGCUGCGACUAGCGGUAGAUCUGCCGCCACCGCUGCCGGAGUUGGAGUGGACGUUCACGCUGCGCCUGGGAACGCAGAUGGAUUUCACGAACGUGUUCGUGAUGCCGUUAGUUUCGUUGGCGGGGCUGCAGGCGGCGCAGAUCGAGAGUCUGAAGACGGUUAUCAAGGAUAAGGAUCAUGUUAUCGAUAAGAUGAAGGACGCGCUAGAGGAUAAUAAGGUUAGGGUCGACGUCAUUGUUGGCCCGAGGAGAAGGAAGGUACUCGCGCCGUUUGACGAGGUGGCGUGGGAUAGGAAUUUGAGGUACGAUGGUGAGCAGAGCGGUGCGGAGGUUGUGCGGUCGGUUUACACCUCUGGGGAGUGCGGGGAGGGUACGCCUGUCCAGGCUUUUAAACAACAGGCUGCUGAGUGGUGGAGAGGUAUCUUCGACGAUGAAACGGAUGGCGAGGACGAUGGUGGUGGUGGUGAUGGUGAAGGCGUCGGUGGAACAUCGGCUGCUAUGAUCGCAAAACGGGAAUCGUCAGCAGCUCCAGCUGUUCCGGUAAAGGAAGAGCCCAGAAACAUUCUCGGAAAGAAAGAGGGAGAGCCGGAGCCGGGCCCGCAAAUGUGGUCUGAGACGGAGAGUGAAGACGAUGGAUUUGAGCCUCUCAAGACACCGCCACCUCCAGCCGCUCGUGGGAGCCAUUCAAAGAAAAAAAUUGAGAGCGACUCAGAUGAUGAACUUCCCCCACCCCGUCCACCCCCACAAAUGUUCUCAAAGAAGGUCAUUGGUGAGGUUGGUGACAAACGGAGGGCGAAAUCCCCUGCUCCUGAGCCUCAUGCAACACCACCCGCACAUCUGGUGAUGCACGAGACGCCGCCAGAGGUGACCAUGGCGGAUGCAGGCGAAGAGACGACGGAUAGCGAAGACGACCUCGACGCUGGAGUGCGACGGAGGCCACCGCCAUCACCACCAGCGGCAUCAAUGAAAGGAGCCGUAGAAGAAAAUCCACCGGUGACGAAAGGGGUCACAGGUCAGAUUGGUAGUCGUAUACCACAGCCUUCUCCUCCCCCUGCACCUGGGUUGUCUGCGAUGACGCCCGGUGGUGGUGUUGACAAACAGUCACUGCGACAGCCAGGCAGUCUUCCUGCUGCACCACCAGCGGCAGGUGUUGGAGGCGGCGUCAGGAAGUCUAUCGGCAGGAUAGGAGGGAAGCCGAAAGCCAAACUGGAAGUUGGGCUGGGUGAUGGUGCAGAGAAUUCAGUGGCCGCAGCGGCGACAUCGUUUAUCUCCUCGCUCCCCGCGGUCUCCAAGGUAAAAUCGCCACCACCAGUGCCUGAAGACGAGGAUGAGAAGGCAGAUAGGAAACGGCUUGAACUACAGAAGGAGCUGGAGGCCAAGAAGAAGGCGCCGCCCAAGAAGAAGCGCAAGUUUUGAAUAGUAUGCACGGAGUGGAAGCGUUGGCAUGGAUUUAGUCCGAAGGGAAUAUGGCUGCAUCAGUAUCAUCCGACCAUUGGCUCUACUUACACAUCACAAAUAUUCUAGUCGGGAGCUGC